GAAAUUCCCUUUUUGUCCCUCUUUUCGCCGACAAUUUCGAUUAAGCCCUUCUCGAUCUUCUUCCUUCGGUCGGAUGGAAUCUUCUCCGGCUUCGUCUUCGUCUCCGACGCCGGUAACCGAUUCGUCUGCUGAUACUUUAGCGAAAGAUCUGCAAAAUCAAAGUCUUGGAGCUGUUGAUGAAGGUGGUAAGAUUAAAAGGAAGCUCGAAGAUUUUAACUGGGACCAUUCCUUUGUUAAGGAAUUGCCUGGUGAUCCCAGAACCGAUGUUAUCUCGCGUGAGGUAUUACAUGCUUGCUAUUCAAAAGUUUCACCAUCAGUAGAAGUGGAUGAUCCUCAGCUUGUAGCAUGGUCUGAAUCUGUUGCAGAGCUAUUGGAUUUGGAUCCUAAAGAGUUUGAAAGGCCAGAUUUCCCUCUCAUGUUGUCCGGUGCUAAACCUUUACCAGGAGCAAUGCCUUAUGCUCAAUGCUAUGGAGGACACCAGUUUGGCAUGUGGGCUGGACAACUAGGUGAUGGACGUGCCAUAACUCUGGGAGAAGUUUUGAACUCCAAAGGUGAAAGAUGGGAACUUCAGCUUAAAGGUGCGGGUAGGACUCCAUAUAGCCGUUUUGCUGAUGGGCUUGCAGUGCUCCGUAGUAGCAUCAGGGAGUUCCUUUGCAGUGAAACUAUGCAUUGUCUUGGAAUCCCUACCACGCGCGCCCUUUGUCUUCUCACCACAGGUCAAGAUGUCACUCGCGACAUGUUUUAUGAUGGCAAUCCGAAGGAAGAACCUGGCGCAAUCGUUUGCAGGGUUUCUCAGUCAUUUAUCCGCUUUGGGUCAUACCAAAUACAUGCUUCUAGAGGAAAAGAGGAUCUUGACAUUGUUAGGAAGUUGGCAGACUAUGCCAUUAGACAUCAUUUCCCACAUAUAGAGAGCAUGGAUCGAAGCGAUAGCUUGUCUUUCAAAACCGGUGAUGAAGAUGAUUCGGUUGUGGAUCUAACUUCCAACAAGUAUGCAGCAUGGAUCGUUGAAAUUGCUGAGCGUACAGCUACCUUAGUUGCAAGAUGGCAAGGUGUAGGUUUCACCCAUGGUGUGCUCAACACUGACAAUAUGAGCAUUUUGGGUCAAACCAUUGACUAUGGCCCAUUUGGGUUCUUGGAUGCUUUUGAUCCUAGUUACACCCCGAACACGACAGAUCUCCCAGGAAGAAGAUAUUGUUUUGCAAAUCAGCCUGACAUCGGCUUGUGGAAUAUUGCUCAAUUUUCUAAGACUCUGGCGGUUGCUCAGCUGAUAAAUCAAAAGGAGGCGAAUUACGCCAUGGAAAGGUACGGUGAUAAAUUCAUGGAUGAGUAUCAAGCCAUAAUGUCAAAGAAGCUUGGUCUUUCCAAGUAUAACAAGGAGGUCAUUAGUAAACUUCUGAACAAUAUGUCUGUUGAUAAAGUUGAUUACACAAACUUCUUCCGGCUUCUUGCAAAUGUAAAAGCAAAUCCCAACACACCUGAAAAUGAUUUAUUGAAACCCUUGAAAGCUGUGCUCUUGGACAUCGGAAAGGAGAGAAAAGAAGCAUGGAUCAAAUGGAUGCGAAGCUAUAUACAAGAGGUGGGUGGUAGUGAGGUAUCAGAUGAAGAAAGAAAAGCAAGAAUGGAUUCAGUGAACCCAAAGUACAUUCUGAGGAACUAUCUGUGCCAAAGCGCAAUAGAUGCAGCUGAACAAGGCGAUUUCUCAGAAGUCAACAAUUUGAUCCGUCUAAUGAAACGGCCUUACGAGGAACAGCCGGGGAUGGAGAAAUAUGCUCGGUUGCCUCCAGCCUGGGCUUACAGGCCAGGCGUCUGCAUGCUUUCUUGUUCCUCCUAGUUCUCCUUCCUGCUUUUGUUUUGCCAUUUAUAGAAAGGAAGAGGAUAAAGUAAUACACUCUUAUAUGUGUAUGGCUGUAAUGCUUUAAAGAAACAAGAAAAACUUUGAUGUUUUCUCUAUUUUGUUUUUACAUUGAAUAAAGAUUUGAGUACAUA